AUGAAGACUACUGCACGGAUAUUAAUUGCAGUCAUCGUCAUUCUCCAGCAUCGUUCGCCUGUCGCCAAGGGAAAUAACAAAUUCCUUUCCUCCCAACAAAAAGAUAAAAGCAGUGCUACUUUGCAAAUAAAUAUGAACAAUAACUUCAUUUACCAAUUUGCACAAGACCGAAAGAGGACACUCUUACAUGGAUAUACCCCUUGGGCAAUUCCAGAGCAGGAUCGCAAACAUAAACUGGAAAAACGGGAACCUACUAAAACUACGUCUACGGAAAUUCGAAAUAAAACCACGUACAGAAAACUACAGAACACAAACAAAAGUCUACAAACAACGCCCAGAAGUUCACAAAACACGCAAAGAAUUUUUCUUAAGAACGAGGCAUUCUUCAAUAAGUUCGAUAAACCAAUACAAAACAAAUUCAAUAAAAGCAACAAGAAAAGCAAACGUGUCGCUAAAUCCAUAGACUACGAUGCUGUUACGCCUGAGUCAAGGAUACCUAGAAAGGUUACAUUCGGGAGUUCGCCGACGUUGAGUGAGUCGAAAUUUCUAAACAAUCUAUCUUCAAAAAUCUCUUUGAGGCACCAUUCGUUCUUUCAUCAUAUAUUUAAACCUCGUGAAAUGAACGACAAUUACGCUAAUUCAAACUGUGUCGGACUGCAAACUAAAACGACUUUCCUUCUACCAACAAUCCUAAACGUACUUUGCAAAGCUUUACUUGUUCAUCCGUUUACAACGUGGAAGCUGAAACACAAAUUUAGCUCAAUGAAAGAUAUACGUGUUCAUGAGAACGUGUUACACGAAGUUAUUCAUAAUCCAUGGAAUGAGAGACUAAAACAUAAGUUAUAUAAAGUUUUACAAGGCGAAGACGUGUAUUUGGACGUGUUCGGGGGCUCAAACACCGCCGGUGCUGGACUAAGAAAAGAUGAGGGAGAUCUCGAAGGAAGGUACUCUCUGGUUAUCACACACUGGUGGAAUAAAACAAUCACACCUAUCACAGGAUCCAACCUUAAACUUCGACAGAUCGCAAUGGGGGGCACUUCAAGCGAAUUUUUUCAAUUUUGUUUUGCUUCGUACAUACAUGAAAAACCCGACCUAGUCUUUAUAGAAAUGGCAGUCAAUGAUAUGAGGGAUCUUCCCUCCAAUGCUAACAAAAGUCUACCGCUAGAACAGCUGACUCGGCAACUUUUGGUGUAUCCAAAGGAACCGGCUUUGGUUUAUAUUAAUUUAUUCAACUGCCCGUAUUGCAAUUAUAGUUGUACCAAUAUUGAAGAUUACGGGCAAGACCUCUUAACUGAUACCUACAAUAUCACAUCACUAAAGUGGCGCAAUGCUGUUUGUUCGAAAAAUGCUAGAAAUAAUCUAAAAAAUCCUUGCGAUUUGAUUUGUUCAGAUGGAAUGCAUAUUAAUCUGCUUGGCCAUGCGCAUAUUUCGUUGAUGCUUAUUAAUCUAUUUCGAAGGAUUCUACUGGAUCAUAUCUCCACCGUGAUCACGAAUUCGGGUGUAUCCCACCGGAAAAAAUCUACACGUGUGGCCCGCGAGAAUAAAUCCACGCGUGUAACCAGCGGGAUCACGCUUUCUAUGAGUGAUCAACUCCCACCUCGGAUUUUGCGCAAACAAAUUGCUCUUCCUCGCCCUGUUCUAAUAAAGAAAACCACCAAAAUUAUUUCUGAACCGCUUUGCUGGACAAACCUAUCGCCAAAUUAUCAUCGUAUAAAUGAUGUAAAAAAUAAUUUAGAUGUGAUUAUAACAAAAACAAAAGGCUUUUUUUUGGAAACUGCGAAAAUUGGGGAGAAAUGCAGUAAGCCGCCUUGUCGUGUUGAUUCGGUCAGCAGCUGGACUGGUAAAACGAUAGGCGCAAAUAUAACAUUCUCUUUCACAGUCCCUGAAGAGAAUUAUCCUCUGUCGGCGGAGGGAAUCCAAACUCGGUCGGUAGCAAUUGGCAUACGGACAUGCUGGAACUGUGGUGUCGCAGAUAUGUGGUUGGAUAGUGACUAUAAAAGCAAGAAAAUUUUCAGCACGAAACUUCAUUAUGGACGAACAUGCGCCAAAAUAUUAGCUUUGCAUGUGGAACCUGGGAAUCAUACUUUAAACGUAGAAAUUGUCCGGCAGGGAAAAGUCUCCAUUGUUGCUAUAAUGGUGGGACCCUCUGAUGGACCAUAUUAG